AUGGCGGCCGCCGCCGCCUUCUUCGCAGUCUCAUCUUCGGCAGCUCUCGCCGCCAGAGGCUGGUGUUUAAAAGACACUGACCGAAUUCGAGAACUCAUCACACCAUCUGCCGCCCUCGAUUCAGUUGAAUCAGAGCUUCUCAAUAUGGACUUGCGAUCGUUUGGCGGAAAAUGCUUGCCGCAACCUUCUCUUCUCACCAAAACCUCUCAUCUUCAAGGUCCAAUUGUGCUUCAGGUGUGCUCAAGCAGAGAUAUAUCUCGGAGUAGUCUGGCUGAGGCUGCUUCAGAAAAUUCAAACAACAGACGGCUGUUACUAUUGAAGCUCACAGAUGGACACAAUGAAAUAACUGCUAUAGAGUACUCACAUGUGCCGUCAUUUCCUGAUGAUAUUAGCCCUGGGACAAAGGUCAAGCUGCAGAAUAAAGCUGAUAUGCGCAGUGGUAUUUUGUGUUUGAACAAAAAUGUAAUUACUGUUUUAGCGGCGUUGUUCAGUCUCUUUACGAAGAAUGGCAGUUAAAGCGCAAGUACAUGAAUGUUUCUCGCUACAAGCUCAGGCCAUCACAAGAAAAUGCAUCUAGCUAUCCUCCAUC